UCAGCAAACAAAGAAAUGAAGUCCUUUCAAAUACAGCUAUUAUUAAAAUCAAGUCACUGCGUAAAGAAAGGACGUCUUGUGUGCUGGUCAGCAGCUUCCUGGAUGUGUUUCAGUUUGGCAAUCGUCUGUUCCUUACUAACUUUUCAGUUGGUCUCAGGUGCUGCGGACGAUUGUGAGACUAAUAAGAAACCAGAGAUGGUCAUCACAACGCCAGAAAAACUGGAAGCACUGAGUGGAUCGUGCCUACAAGUCCCAUGCAACUUUUCUGCUAAAAAAAGUGCAAGCUUUACGGGAAAAAACUUUGGGGUGUGGAUCAAAUCAGAUUCUAGAUUUAAAGAAUCCCCGACAAAUGUGAUUUUCAACAGCAGUGGGUCGAUAAAAACGUAUCCGCUGGAAAUUACGGGGAACCUGGAGAGACAAAACUGCACAACUGUGUUUCAAAACUUGGCUCGCAAACAUUCAGACAUAUACUUCUUCAGAAUUGAACAUACGCAGUUCAAGGCAACAGCUUCCUGCAGUGGAUUUCACUUAACAGUCAAAGAUUCUCCUUGGAGUCCCAGUAUUAAUGUUCCCUCUGACCUGAAGGAGCAUCAGUCUGUCACUGUAACCUGCUCAGCUUUCACUCCCUGUCCAAACUCACCUCCUGAACUCACCUGGAAUCUCCAACAAGACUCUCUCAGACAAACACAGGAAAACACAGAUGGAACUUUUACAACUAAAAUCCAGGAGAACAUCACUCUAUCAGACACACAUGAUGGAUACAACAUCAGAUGUUCUGCCAGAUAUCCUGUGAUUGGAGGAAACAAGACAGCAGAGACAGAAGUGACUCUCAGUGUUUCAUAUGCUCCUAGAAACACCUCAGCAUCCAUCAGUCCAUCAGGUUUGGUGUCAGCAGGUAGCUGGGUGGAGCUGAGCUGCUCCAGCAGAGCCAAACCUCCACCCAGAUUCACCUGGUUCAAGAACAGCAAACAUGGAGCCAUUAAUGUGUCUGUGGGGCCGAUUUACAGACUUCAGAGGACCAACAUGACAGACUUGGAAAGUUAUUACUGUGAGGCUGAAAAUAUUCUGGGGAUUCAGAUAGUAACAUUGAAUCAUUUUAAAGACCACGAAACAGAUGCAUUGUGGGGAGAAGCUGCUGGCGGAUUUACUGCGAUCAUCAUUCUGAUCUGUGGCGCUUACAUCCUUUGGCGCUUGAAGUUUAAACGUUCAGCUUUCCAUCAGUCUCAGGUGAGAAAUUAA